UCUUUACAGGCUACUUGAGAGGUAUUGUUACAAUGUGCAUGUUGACAGAUUAUAUUACCAGGUUUUAGAAUAUCAUAGGAUCUCACCGUCAUUGCUUCAAGUUGCUACCUAAUACUAAUAUACUCGAAUAAAUAUCCGAAAUUUGAUGAUUAAAGUAAACAAGAAAACAAGAAUGAAGAAGAAUUUCAGAACACUCGUGAACAUAUGUUUGGUUGUGUUUGUGGUUUCGCUUAUUGUGGGAUACACCAAGUGGAACAUGAUACCGGUGAAUUCGUCGUCAUCCCCUUCACCGAUCACAAAGUAUGACUUAAGGAUACUGGUAAUCGUAUACAACCGUGCUCAAUCAAUGUUACGUCUGCUAAAUUCUAUCAACGAGGCCAAUUUUGAUGGUGAUAACGUCAAACUGGAGGUUUGGAUUGACAGAUCGAAGGCGGGGGUUGUGGAUACAUUAACAGUAAAAACUGCGGAAGAGUUUGUAUUCAAGCACGGCCAUUAUGAAGUCUUAAAACAUUCGCAACAUGUCGGAAUUUAUGGACAAUGGUUUGCGACGUGGAAAGCAAGAGUGAACAGUUCUGAAAUCGCCGUGAUUCUUGAGGAUGACUUAAUAGUUUCUCCUCAUUUUUACAAAUAUUUGAAAUUAGUGCAUAAUAAAUAUGACAACGUACCUGAAAUAAACGGGUUUUCAUUACAGGGAAUCUCAAUCAAGCAUGCAAUAGGUUACUCAAGCCAAACAUUAGAAGCCCCCGAAAGUUGUUUAGUCUACUUAUACCCCGUUUUAGGAACGUGGGGUUUUUCACCAAGUAGAGACAAUUGGAUUCACUUUUUGGAGUGGUUUUCGCAAGUGAUUCAAAACAAGACGUUUCAGCCGUAUGUUCCCGGAAAUGUGGUUACCGCGUGGUAUAAGAUUUUCCAGGCCCAGGGUCGAGCAGAUGGGGAGCAAUCCAUAUAUCACAUAUAUCAUUCCUGGAAAUUCAAGGAAUAUACGCUUUAUCCAAACUUUAAAGGACACAAAGGUUUAACCACUAAUUGGCUUGAGGCUGGGUUACACUAUUCUGGAAAUGCAAGCAAGCCAUCCAAUGAACUACUCAAAGAAUGGAAAUCCGAUUAUGAACACCUUCCAGAUCAACCUAAACACCUUAACCUGAAGGGAGUUGUUCAGGAUUAACUGCGUGUCUGUGAGUCCUGAAUGCCCUGGGCCAAAAGAAGAAUCGUAAUAUUGGGAAAAAGGACAUUUGGUGGUUUUCAAUAUUGGUCUUAAUUGGAGUUUAGAACGAUGUAUUUAAUCGGAAUGCACGAAAAAAUAAUAUAAAUUUACUGAGAAUUAAGUCAAUGGUGUAUGACUUAAAUAUUGACUUAAGUUGCACAUUGAUGUUGGAACAGCUCGUGGUCCAAUCUCGUGCCGUUAUUGCGUCGGGAUGUUAUGAACUUGAACAGAAUGAAUUCUACAAAAUGAACGUGUGCGCUUGUUUGAAGUUAGAUUAAGUUUCAGCUGCUUGAUAUGUCUUUGUAUCUUAUAAGUAUGUAUGAAUUAAUUACCAUGUUUUGAUUUUUAACAAAAACAACAACAUUUUAUAAUCUGAAGCAAUUGAAGCUAAGAAGGUAUGAGGAUGCAUAUGCUGGUGUCCAUGAGGGAAGAAGGGUGUUGCAAAAAGUUCACCGUGCAGUACCCUUCCAUAAAUCUUUUAAUUAAAACCCAAAUAUUACCAUUUCAAAACACACUUAGCAACAUUACAUGAAUUUAUUGUUUUUUUCCAAACGAACUUGUACAAAAAAUGACAUACUUCAUACUUCUAUUUGUAUUAACACAUGGUUGAGUGUCUUUAAAGGCUGCACUCUCACAGAUUGAAUGUUUUGACAGCUUUUUUUUUUUUUGUUUUGGAACGAGCAAACCUUUGCGAAAAUGCAUGGAAACCAGUUACAUAAGACUGCUGACAAAACUUAGAUGGCAGAUUUUAUAUUUAAGUCCAAAAUUGAGGUUUUAUGCAUUUUCUUAAACCGUAACUAACGGUUUACAUCCAUAAACAUUAAUUUUCGAACGGAAAUAUGAAUAUCUGCGAUUUGAUCUUUUGUCAGCAAUCUUUUAUUAUUGGUUUGCAGGUAUUGUCGCAAAAAUUUGCUUUUUUAAAGACAAAAAAUAAAAAGGUUGUAAAAGCAGUUUAUCUGUGAGAGUGCAGCUUUAAAUUAUUAGAGUGAAUAUUUAAACACUAUUUGAAUACAUUUGAAUAACUCUUAAAUUUCAUUUUAAAUCAAAUAUUGACAAUAAACACAAUUUAGUCAUGUUGUGCAAAUAUAGCUUAUAAAUAUAAUUUCUUUUCUUUAACAAAAAUAUGGAAUGUAAUAGUUUGUUGUUUCUUGUUUUGGCAGGAGGAAUUCAUAAAAUUUUAGCAAAAUUAAUGAUUAUUUUAUAAUUGGAUCAGAAUGAAUAUUUAAAUUCAAGCAUAAUCUCCAAUACAAUGUAUACUGACGAGAAAAAGAAACGCCUCAUCGAAAAGUGGCGUUUAUUUUGUUGCCAAGUUUACAUUUAUAUGCAAACGUCCAAAAUGUACAUGUAUUCUGACCAACAAAUCCAACCAACCGAAACUCGCACGAUUUUAUUCAGCCAAUUGUUAAAUUCACGUACCUGCUCACGAUUUCCUCGUGCACUCCGUGCGUUUUAACCACGUGGCUUUAUCAAGUAAAUUCUACACCGAUACAUGUGCUAGUCGACAUACAACCAUAUAUCCGUGUCUUUUUUGACAAUUACCCAGUUUCUGAUAAUGCCGAAGCUAAAUAGUGAAGAGAGAGCCAGGGUUUUGGCAAUGCUUGAAUGUGGGCGAACGCAAGAACAAGUCGCUAGACGUUUUAACGUCUCUCGUUCGACAAUAUUACGUCUCAUUUGACGUGUCAGAGACACGGGAAC